AUGAGAAUUCUGCCAUUGCUGUUGGCACUGACGCUGCUGGCCAUUGGUGCCGCCGCAGCAGCUUCCACGACCACGGCCAAGACCACUACCAUUGCUUCCACCACGACAGCAAAGCCAAAGAGCGGGUCCAAGCCGAAGGCUGAGGCUGAGAAGCCAACUAAGCAGCCAUCGCCAUCUGCAAGGCCAUCGUCCACAGCUGCCACCACGCGGCAAUCGAAGGCGCUGAAGGCACCUGUGAAUCCUGGCGAGAACCGCGGCAAGAGGACGCUCUUCGACUUUGGCAAUGCCGGCUAUCUGUAUCCGGAGGUAGCCAGCAGGAGGUCCGGCUAUGUGGACAACACAGCCAGCUAUUACCCCCAGACUGGCUACUACAGCGGACAGAACGCCAUUGCUCAAUAUCCCGGACACUUUGGUCCGGCAUAUGCGCCAUACCCGCAGUACCUGGAGGCGCCUGAGCCCAUAAUCGAGAUCAUUAUCAAGGAUGCCAAUGAGACACUCGCCGAGGAGCCUGCCCAGCCGAUAGUGACCAGGAAGAAGAAGAAGAAGGAGAAAGUCCACGUGUUCUAUGUGAAUUACAAGAAGGACCAGAACAACAAGCUGCACCUGGAGUCGCCGAUAGCCUCAUUGAACAACGACGACAACGAGGAGGAAGAGGAGGAGGAGGAGGAGGUGAUCCAGUAUCCGGUGACCCCUCUGCCACCGCUGAAACCCACCACCCUGCGCACCAUCAUCCACCCCGACUCUGAGAAGUUCCACAGCAACUCCGGAAUCCACGUCUCCUUCGGGGCAGAGAACAAACACCAGACUGGGCACAUUCUGGAGGAGCACGAUGCCGAGAGCAUUCAGCGCCAGGUGGUGGCUCUGCCGCUCCCAGUGAGCGCCACUAACCUCAAGGCAGAUGGCGGCUAUUCCGGAAACACCCGCGCCGACUACGGCAGGGAGAGCAGUUUUGGCAGGAGCCCCGGACCCAUCGGCAAUCUGCUCUUUGGAAGUGGAGGCAACUCGAACAACUUCCACCAGCAGUCGAACCUGCACUUCCAGAGCCAGCAGCAGCUUCCGUCGCAGCACGGCAGCAACUAUUUCAGACCACCCUCCGCUCUGGUGGGCCCUCCUCCCUCCUAUCAGAAGCCAGCGCCACAGCAACAACUGCAACAGUCGCAGUCGCAACUGCAACAUCCGCAGCAACAGCUCCAGCAGCCACAGCAGUCGCGCCCAAGCAUCACGCAGCAGCAGUUGCCUUCCACCUCAUCCCAGACGAUCUUCAACAAGCUGGUCCAGCAGUCGCAAUACUACAUCAAUCACAAUCAGCAGUAUCCGUCGCAUCACCAAAGUCAAAGUCAGCAACACCAGCAGCAGCAGUACCAGAAGCCACCCAACAAGCAGGUCCAGGUGCCAUUCUUCCCCACGAUUCCGCCCAAGACGCAGGACCUAUCCUCGCGCCCGAGUCCAGCGCCAUAUCAUCCCAUCAAGUUCCGUCCCACGCCAGCUCCCACGACGCACGUGAAGCCCUUGCCGCUGCCCGUAAAACUGGACAACGCAAACUACCAGCAGCAGCAGCAGCAGCAACAUUAUCAGCCACAGCAGCAACAGAAGGUGCCACAGCCUUACCAGUUUGUUCGGCAGCCCCAGUUUGUGCAGCAGCCACAGUUUGUGGUGCGUUCCCCCACGCCUGUGCCGGAAUAUUACCCGCAGCAGCACCAACAAUCGCAGCAGCAGCGCCAGCAGCAACAGCAACAGCAACAGCAACAGCAACAGAAGACCAUUCAGAGCACCCUCAACUACUUUGAUAUAAAGCCAUCCAAGGAGACAGAGCUGUUGAAGUCCAUACCCAAGUAUGAGCAGCACAUCAUUGAGACCGUGCAGAAUCCCAUUAAUCCCUCACAGCAGCAACAUCAUCAUCAUCCUCAGCAGCAGCAGCAGCAGCAGCAGAAGCAGCAGCAGCAGCAGCAGCAGCAGCAAUUCAGUUACAGCAGCACUCGUAAUGAGGUGAUCCACGAUGUGCCCGCUCCCAAUCUCGCACCCUCUGCCCAACAGCCUGUCUCCGGCCAUUACAUAACCGCAAGCUCAGGGAGUAUCCAAGAGCAGCAGCAACAGCAGCAGCUGCAGCAAUCUCACUUCGCCAGCUUUCCCAGCGAGGCUUCGCCCCAGCCUCCCGUCUAUGCGGAGUCCACGCAUGGCCAGAAGGUAAUGGUAGUCACACCCGUGCCCCCAUCGGCCAACUAUGUGACCUACAACCACUACAACCAAUUGGCAAACGAGCCCGUAGUCCAUGUAAACUCUCAGACCGCCGCAUUGCAGGCCCAGGCCAGCACAAACUUUGCCCAGCAGCCCAGGCAGCCGGCUGCCUCCCAGAUCACCGCUCCCUCGACGGACCACUCGCCCUUCAGCGUGUCCACCUUCCACUCAGAUGUAUUCAAGGAGCUCGAGCAGCGAAACCAGCAGGAGCAGCAGUCACAGCCACAACAAUUGCAACAGCAACAGCAGCAGCAGCAUGCUGCUCCAGCUUCAGUUCCAGUUCCCGCGCCAGCUGCCUCAUCUGCUUCCUCUCCCAAUGGAAAGGCCUCGCAGACGCUGCUACAAUUGCCCGACGAAGUGCCCGAGGAUCUGCGCCAGCAACUCUUCUCCUCUGGCAUCCUUAACAACGACGACAUCUCCAUCCUCGACUACGACAAGCAAGGGGACAUUGCCCUGGAGAACCUUCCCGCCGAGCAUCUGCAGCACUUCUAUGGAGCCGGCGGUGGCGCCCAGAUUGCCGAGACCAACAAGGUGCUCACCGUGGUCAAGCCGAAUGGGGACAAGGUGGCGCUCAGCGAGAAGCAGAUCGAUCGCGUCAAGCAGAGCAACUCGCUGCCCCAGAAGCAGAAUCUGGACGUAAAGGUGGUACGCUAUGAUGCGGGACAGGGCCAGAGCGUCAGCGAGAAGUACGUGCGCACCGAUGCCACCGUGGUGACCCCCGUGGACCUGACCGAGCGACAGCAGUACAACCGCUACCUGCCACUGAAGAUUAACGGAGCCCAGUUCCCCAUUCCAGACAGCGAGGAGCUGCAGGGCAAGAAGAUUGUGAGCGUGGUGGUCCUGGCGCCCGUCGAGGCCCAGCCGGGGACGACGAGCAGUGAGGGGCGCAGUGUGGACAACAAGGAGGUCAAGUUCUUGGGCGGCGAUCUCAUCAAAACCCUCGUCAAGAAGCCCACCAAGGACAACUUCAAGCGUUGGCUGGAGAAAGAGGCGCGUACGGACCUCGAGCUGCAGUCCGUGGUCCUGCUGGUGACCAGAUCCAGCGACUCGUCCGCGGAUCAGGAGAUCUUCAUGUACGACAUCGGCACGGGCAGUAUCAACCGGUUGAACGGGGAGCUCUCCAGCACCUUCGUCAACGUGGCCGAGGAGAACGCCAGCAGCGAGGAUCUGGAGCAUGCCGCCACCCUGGACCCCAGCUCGCUGGAGUCCAUGAUGCAUCUGCGUCGCAGAUAG